UUCCUAUUUCCUUCUUUGAUUAGGUUGAGCAGUGAAAAAACAUGGGACAAACACAAACAUGGACCAUUCCAUUCUACGUGUCUGUUUCUGCUCUUGCCUUUGUCUUCUCCAAGAUCGUCAUCGCCGUCAUCUGCUACCGGAGCCGUCGCCGGAAUCGGGAAAAAAAGCAACUUGUUUUCCACCAAAGCUUUAUGGGCGGGAAACUAGCAAUGUUCAAAUCACCGAAGACAAAGUCGUUGGAUUCGAACACGUUAUUAAAUAGGAUAGCGAAGCUACGCAACGAGGAUGUAAUUGGAUCGGGAGGAUACGGGAUGGUUUACAAGUUGGUAAUCGACGAAAAUACAUCGUUUGCAGUUAAAAAAAUGAAUAGAUUGAGCGCAGAACACGACAGAGGGUUCGAGAGGGAGCUCGAGGCGAUGGGCGACAUCAAGCACCGAAAUAUAGUGACCCUUCACGGAUACUAUACGGCCCCUCAAUAUAACCUUCUCGUCUAUGAACUAAUGCCCAACGGUAGUUUAUACGAGUUACUUCAUGGGACGUCGUCGAACAAGGCUGUUCUGGAUUGGCCUACGAGAUACAAAAUCGCGGUUGGGGCGGGAAGAGGGAUUUCCUACCUCCAUCACGACUGUAUUCCGCACAUAAUACAUAGGGACAUCAAGUCGAGCAACAUAUUGCUCGAUCAUAACUUGGAGGUUCGAGUAUCCGAUUUCGGGCUAGCAACCUUAAUGGAACCCGAUAGAACUCAUGCAUCGACAUUAUUAGCCGGAACUUUUGGAUACUUGGCUCCAGAGUAUUUUGAUACCGGAAAGGCGACAACUAAAGGCGAUGUUUAUAGCUUUGGUGUCGUAUUGCUUGAGCUAUUAACCGGGCGAAAACCUACAGACGAGGAGUUUUUUGAGGAGGGAACUAAGCUGGUGACAUGGGUGAAGUUAGUUGUGCAAGAAGAGAAAGAAGAAUAUGUAAUCGACAAGUGUUUGGUCAAUAGCCCGACUAAAGAAAUCAAUCGAGCAUUUGAUAUAGCGCUAAUGUGCCUCGAGACAGAGCCAAAUAAUAGACCAACUAUGUCGGAAGUGCUCAAGAUGCUAGAACACAUAAAAUCAGAUUCAGAAGUUGUGUGA